GCUCCGCCCGCAGCCGCCCCGCAGCCCAGCCCGGCGCUCUCGCGGGUCACUCGGACCGGCGCCCGGGAGCGAUGAGCCAUGAAGCCGCCCGGCAGCAGCUCCCGGCGGCCGCCCCUGGCGGGCUGCAGCCUGCCCGGCGCCUCCCGCGGCCCCGGCCGCUGCCCCGCCGGCCCGGUGCCGGCCCGCGCGCCGCCCUGCCGCCUGGUCCUCGUCCUUCUCCUGCUGCCUGCGCUCGCCGCCUCGUCCCGGCCCCGUGCCCGGGGGGCCGCUGCGCUCAGCGGUCUGCAUUGGAAUGAAACUGCAGAAAAAAUCCUGGGAGUCCUGGCAGAUGAAGACAACACAUUGGAACAGAAUAGCAGCAGCAGAAAUACCAGCUCCAGCAGUGCAGUGCAGAAAGAAAUCACAUUGCCUUCAAGAUUGGUGUAUUACAUCAACCAGGACUCAGAAAGCCCUUAUCAUGUUCUUGACACAAAGGCCAGACACCAACAGAAACACAAUAAGGCUGUCCAUCUGGCCCAGGCAAGCUUCCAGAUCGAAGCCUUUGGCUCCAAGUUCAUUCUUGACCUCAUACUGAACAAUGGUUUGCUGUCUUCUGACUACGUGGAGAUCCACUAUGAAGACGGGAAGCAGAUGUACUCUAAGGGUGGAGAGCACUGUUACUAUCAUGGAAGCAUCAGAGGUGUCAAGGACUCCAGGGUGGCUCUGUCGACCUGCAAUGGACUCCAUGGCAUGUUUGAGGACGACACCUUCAUGUAUAUGAUAGAGCCUCUGGAGCUGACUCAUGAUGAGAAAAGCACAGGCCGACCACACAUAAUCCAGAAAACCUUGGCAGGACAAUAUUCUAAGCAGAUGAAGAAUCUCAGCACAGAUGGCAGUGACCAGUGGCCUUGGCUACCUGAAUUACAGUGGCUGAGAAGAAGGAAAAGAGCAGUCAAUCCAUCGCGUGGUGUAUUUGAAGAAAUGAAGUAUUUGGAGCUUAUGAUUGUUAAUGAUCACAAGACGUAUAAGAAGCACCGCUCUUCUCAUGCGCAUACCAACAACUUCGCAAAGUCCGUGGUCAACCUUGUAGAUUCUAUUUACAAGGAACAGCUCAACACCAGGGUUGUCCUGGUGGCUGUAGAGACCUGGACAGAGAAGGAUCAGAUUGACAUCACCAUCAACCCUGUGCAGAUGCUUCAUGAGUUCUCCAAGUACCGGCAACGUAUCAAACAGCAUGCUGAUGCGGUCCACCUCAUCUCGCGGGUGACAUUCCAUUAUAAGAGAAGCAGUCUGAGUUACUUUGGCGGUGUGUGUUCUCGAAUAAGAGGGGUUGGUGUGAAUGAGUAUGGUCUUCCAAUGGCAGUGGCACAAGUGUUAUCACAGAGCCUGGCUCAAAACCUUGGAAUCCAGUGGGAACCUUCGAGCAGGAAGCCAAAGUGUGAAUGCAUAGAGUCCUGGGGAGGCUGCAUCAUGGAAGAAACAGGGGUGUCCCACUCUCGAAAGUUCUCAAAGUGCAGCAUUUUGGAGUACAGAGAUUUUUUACAGAGAGGAGGUGGAGCGUGUCUUUUCAAUAGGCCAACUAAGCUGUUUGAGCCUACGGAAUGUGGAAAUGGAUAUGUGGAGCCCGGGGAGGAAUGUGACUGUGGUUUCCAUGUGGAAUGCUAUGGAGUUUGCUGUAAGAAAUGCUCGCUCUCCAAUGGGGCCCACUGCAGUGACGGUCCCUGCUGUAACAACACCUCCUGUCUUUUUCAGUCACGAGGGUAUGAAUGUCGGGAUGCUGUAAACAGCUGUGAUAUCACUGAGUACUGCACUGGAGACUCUGGCCAGUGCCCACCAAACCUCCAUAAACAAGAUGGCUAUGCCUGCAAUCAGAAUCAGGGUCGCUGCUACAAUGGCGAGUGCAAGACAAGGGACAACCAAUGCCAGUACAUCUGGGGGACAAAGGCUGCCGGGUCAGACAAGUUCUGCUAUGAAAAGCUGAACACGGAAGGCACGGAGAAGGGCAAUUGUGGCAAGGAUGGAGAUCGGUGGAUACAGUGUAGCAAACACGAUGUGUUCUGUGGAUUUCUGCUUUGCACCAAUCUUACCCGAGCUCCACGUAUCGGUCAACUUCAAGGAGAGAUCAUCCCGGCUUCCUUCUACCAUCAAGGCCGAGUUAUUGAGUGCAGUGGUGCUCACGUAGUUUUAGACGAUGAUACAGACGUGGGUUAUGUAGAAGAUGGGACGCCAUGUGGCCCCUCCAUGAUGUGCUUAGAUCGGAAGUGCCUACAGAUUCAAGCCCUAAAUAUGAGCAGCUGCCCACUUGACUCCAAGGGUAAAGUCUGCUCAGGCCAUGGGGUGUGCAGCAACGAAGCCACCUGCAUCUGUGAUUUCACUUGGGCAGGCACAGACUGCAGCAUCCGGGAUCCAGUUCGGAACCCCAAUCCUCCAAAGGAUGAAGGACCUAAGGUGAACUUGGCCACAAGCAGGCUCAUAGGGGCCGUGGCUGGCACCGUUCUGGCCCUGGGGGUGAUUUUUGGAGGAACAGGGUGGGGCAUAGAAAACGUCAAGAAGAGGAGAUUCGAUCCCACUCAGCAAGGCCCCAUCUGAAUUCGGCUGCACUGGAGGAAUGCCACCUUGCACUGUUGGGUUCUGGGAAUGACAUGUUUUCGGCCAUGCUGCCGGAACUCUUAAGUCUGUAAAGAAGACCCUUGGGUGGUAAUGACUACAGAGCUCAAAUCUGAGAAUGGGGAUGGGGUACAAGACAAUGGUCCCUUUUGGAAAUAACUUCAAGUAAUCCCUCUGUCACCUGUCAAUAAAGGGGAGGGGGUUAAAGACCAUGUCAUUAAAAAUAACUGUUCAGAAUCCUUUAUUUUUUUUUCUUUUUAACUAAGGAGAAGGGAGCAGCAACAAGUGCAAUAAAAGAACAAAUAGCAAAUGA